GCGGGUCGUGAAAAUGAAUUUAGUGCAACCCCACCUAGUGCAUCAGCCACACACUCCCUAUGUCACUAUGAUCAUCAGGAGGUACUAAUUGCUCGAUCGGAACACGGUGCGGGACCGCGGCGAUCACCGAGUCACCAAAACAAAAACGGAUUGAGCCUCCCCCGCAAAACACCUUCCCCGUGUGUAUGUGUGUCACCCGUCACCCCUCGAGAUAAUCCCAAGAACGCACCAAGCAGGGAUUGAACGACCUUGCCCCACCGCUCUUGCCCGGUGCCAACCUGCCAGCCAUCCAGCCACAGCCGCGUCAAUCAUUCCCGCACUCUUCAUCGUCGUCAUCGGGAGGACGACGUCUUCCUCUCUACACCUCCCCGGGAAUGGAUGGUGGUCUCGAUGAGGCGAAAAUCGUGAAAACUAUCGUGCAUGCUGGCUCGCGAGUUGUACCGUUCCGCGAUGGAACCAAGGUGACGUUCCACUUCCAGACGCGCAAAUGCGAUGGCACGCUGAUCGACGACAGCCGGACGCGGCAGAAGCCGAUGGAGUUGGUGCUGGGCAAGAAGUUCAAGCUGGAGGUGUGGGAAGCGAUCGUGCAGCAGAUGGCGCUGGGCGAGGUGGCUCGCUUCCGGUGUGAUCAGUCACUCGUGCUCCAGUACCCGUUCGUGGCGAAGACGAUCCGGGAUGCGGCGAAACCGCGCGAGGAACGCAAACACUGCUGUGGCAUGACGGUACAGAACGAGGGCAUCGGCUACCGGGACCUGGACGAGCUGUUUGCCCAGCCGCAAGACCUCGAGUUCACGAUCGAGCUACUGUCGGUCGAGAGCCCGGGUGAGUACGAGCAGGAAUCCUGGCAGCUGAGCGACGAGGAGAAACUGCAGCGGGUGAACCGGUUGCGCGAGCAGGGCAACACGGCGUACGGACAGCAGCGGUACGCGGCCGCCCUCGAGGCGUACUCCUACGCGAUCGGCAUCGUCGAGCAGCUAAUGCUCAAGGAAAAACCGGACGAGCCGGAGUGGGUGGAGCUGGCGCAGCUGAAGGUGCCGCUGCUACUGAACUACUCACAGUGCCGGCUGCUAGACCGCGACUACUACGCGGUCAUCGAGCACUGCACCGAGGUGCUGCGGUACGAGCCCGACUGCGUGAAGGCGCUGUUUCGCCGCGGGAAGGCGCACGCUGGCGCCUGGAACCUCGACCGGGCACGGGCCGACUUUGAGCGGUGCGCCGCUCUCGAUCCGAGCCUCACCGUUGCGAUUGGGCGCGAACUGGCGAAGCUGGCCGAGCAGGCCCGCCUCCGGGACGUCGAGGAUCGGCUCAAAUAUCAGAAGCUGUUCUAAUCUAAUUGCCUGCUGCUGCAUGCUAUCUCUGCCCAUUUCCAUUUCCUUUUCGUCUGCCACUUAUUGCGUACCUAUUUGUCGCUUUCGUUGCGAUAGGAUCGCCGGCCGAUCAUCGUGCAUACUACUAGUGGAAGGAAUCUUUUUACGUUAUUCGUUUGUUUUUUUGUUUUUUUUUUAUCAGUAGUGUUUAUUAUGGCGUAUAGUAAUACCCGGUCUGUUCCCCUUUUAUCAUGGCUAGCUGUAAGGGUUAUUUAGCUUUACCACAUUUUAGGUGAUAUUUUAAAAAUAUUCUGCAAUCACAUCGUACUACAAUACCACAUUAGGUUUAUUGUGUUUUCCCGUGCAGCAUUGCUUAGUAAUGUCUUGUAAAUGCAAGACUGCACAAAUGUGCAGUUUAGUUUUUGUAUGUCAUGUUUUUUUUUGUUCAGGCAGGCUUUUGUGAGUUUUUUAAAAUUCGUAUAUCGAACAUUAUGCAGCAUAUUGGUUAUAUUGUUCUGCUUUUUUUUGUCCCUAGGCUUUUAACUUGUUUUCUACAUAAUGUGUAUUUAAUAUAGUUUGGAGUGUAUUUAUGGUAGACAAAAAAGCAGCGUGCCCGCGUAUGUGUACCUGCUUAUACAGGGCUGUAGGCGCUCGGACUCUGAUCUGAGAACGAAACAGGAGAGACCCGGGUGCACAUCGGGAGUCAGUCACAUCAACAACAGAUUGUGUAUAUGUGUGUAUGUUUACACGUGUACGUAUAUGUGUAUUCGAUGCAAAUAAUCCUAAUAAAGAGGGAUCGAGAAACAAUAGA